GGCCUUGCAAAGUCUUGAGAAACUGUUUUCUGUCACCAUGGCAGAUAUCCCAGCAGCAACUGAAGUGCAGCAGUAUCCCCGGAGUACAAAUGGGCGCCGGAAACGCAGAGCUCGCAGAGCUUGCCUAACGUGCAGGUCUCGAAAAGUCCGAUGCGAUGUGAUGCAAAAGUCGCCUUGCAGUAACUGCCAAUGGAGCUCGUGCGAGUGUGUAGUGAUAGGGCCUCGUCGGUCACCUUGCAAGAAGAACAAAGCCGACAACAAAGCAUCCAAACAAGCCAAAAAGGAAGAAGCCCUCGUUGAGGCCACGCGCGAUAGUUUAAGCUAUCCAUAUUCUCCAACGUCAUCUGAUAUCGAGAUCAAGGAUGAAGAGUCUAAAUACUUAGAGACAUCAUACCCUCCUAUGGACUAUAUUAUAUCACCUUUGACACCUAUUUCGCAGCUUGAAGAUGAGUACUGUUUUGGCUCGCAAUACGCUAGCGGCCAUGCAGAUCAGACUUCCAACAUUGCCAGCAAUUCCUCAAGCGUAACUUGUUUAUCAUCUCCCGCCUCUUCUGAGAUGUCAAAAGAACAAGAGUCAGACCCCAUUGUUUGGUAUGCUAGCGAUGUAAUGGGCGACGAUCUAAUAAGCAGUCUACUGGCACUUCCAUUCGAUAAUUUAAGACGCAUUUGAGGGCCUUGUCAAUGAGCAACUCAAUAUUCACGGACCGAAACCCGAGACCGGACCGGCACUAAUUAUCACCUCCAAUCAAAUAAUUCUGAACUAUCUUCGGUCGUAAUGAGAGUGAUAUUGCUUAGACUCUGAUCUCGUCCUGAAACAUUCCGGUUGAUUGCCAUAGUUACAGGUCAGACAGCAACAGCCAUGCUGAGGUCUAAUCGCAGCUAAUGACCCCCGGCCCCAACAACAAAUUUUACCCCAAAUUUUGGCAGACAUUCCGUGUCAAUUGCCAAGAGACGCACGUGGAUCUGCAAACAAUGCAGCUGGGGAAUGCAAGCCAUCGGCGCCUCCGCCGAGACUGUCUUCACUCGGCUGCGCAUUGAUGGAGUAGGGCUCGGCAAAAAGCACGUCAAUGAAACAGUGUGUCAAUGACAUUUGAGCACGUUGGAGUCAACGAAGUUAGGCAAUUAUAGAAAGGCUACAGAGUACAGUAGCCACAACGCUUGUAUUGAGUAUUUUUAGAGUAAAACUAGAGACCAGUACACCAGGCCAAAUGAAUCGAAAAGCCAAGACGCCGU